AUGCCUCCCGCCCCGCCCCCCGCCUCGAUCCACACCCUCCUCUCCUCCCUCCGCUCCCCCAUCUUCCACACCGCCCACAACCCCACCUCUUUACGCACAGGCACCAAAUAUCUCCGGCGCCGGCUCGUCGGUCCCUCCGCUAUCGCCUACUACCCGCGCAUGCCCAAACUGGCGACGUUGAAUAAGCUGGUACCGUGGAAUGCGUACGGGGGGUGGAGGGGGGAAGGGACGCCUGCUUAUCGGGCGGAGGUGGUGGAGAGGGGGUCGAGUGGGCAGGAGGGGAGGUGGAGCGCGACUCCUUCUUCCUCUUCUGCUUCCGGCGCGACCGAGAGCGAGAGUGUGGUGAAGUCGGGGGACGAGGGAGGGGAGAUAGGAGUGAGGUGGGCGAACCAAGGGAUAAUGCUUCCCCAGAGGGAAGUGGUGGAAGCCGGUUGGGUAGAAGUAGGGAGAAUAGCGGGCGCAGGGUGGUUGGACGAUGCGAAAGAGAGGACGAGGAGGGAGGAGGUGGCGUUGAGUAAGGAGAGCGGGAGGGGCCCGCCCAAGAAGGGUCAAGGCAAGAGGUCACAAAUGAAGAAGAGAUAG